GCCACAGCCGCUCUCCAUGUUGGGGACGGCUGCGCUCCCCUCGUCCGCUGUCCGGCGUCUUUCUCCAUAGUUUUUGUUUUUCGGAGGGGGGCAUGGUACCCAUUAUGCUACCCUUCCCUCGAUUCCCCCUUUUUGGGCCUCCUGGGAGGCCCUCGUCUCCACUGCUGGAUUCGCCCCGACGUUCUCGUCGGAACGCACCCUUGGAGAGGUCGGGGAGUAGCGGUAUGGUAUCGGCACCUUUUGAUCUCCCCAGUUUGGGCUGGAGCUCGCCACAAGCUUCGGGCGACAGUUGUUUUGGGAGCUGCGGCCAUGUCGACGGCCUGUUUCCGCCUGCAGCGAUGGCUAGACGUGGCAACUGUGGCCGAGGGGCGAGGUGUUUCGUGCAGGCAGUCCUCUUGCAGGCGGCACUCCACUCUUCGAGGGCUCUGCCUGGAGCGGAGGCCUCCAUGCAGAAGGGGCUCGGUCUCUGCCUUGGCGGUGAGGUGCGUCAGGUGUGCUCCAGCAUGGACAUGGCCAGCUGGCGGCUGGUCGUGGAGCAGUUCUCGUCAUUCGAGGUCCUGGGCGUCACCACGGGCGACGGCUGCGCCACGCUGCAGCAGCAGCUCGAGGCCUCUCUGCCGGACGGCAUGCCGCAGGUCGGCUGCUACGGCCGCGACGGGGUCGCGGAGCUGUUCGAGGCGAGGGUGCAGAGGUUUGCCGAGCGGGGCUGGCAGUUUCGCAACGCCUCGCACCUGGGGCCUCCGCCUGCGGACGGCCACCUGCGCGCGGACGGCUCGUACCACUUCCGCAGCGCCUUCUUCCAGGCGUACCAGCGGCUGCAGUGUGCCGCCUGGGUGCGGGGCCGCCAGGAGCAGGGCGUGCAGUUCAAGUGGGUGAUGUUUGCGCGCCUCGACGUGGAGUGGCGCUCCUUCCCGGCAGAGCGCGAGCUCGAGCACCACCUGCCCGUGCUGUGGCUUCAGCACCGGUCCGUCAAUUUCUUGCAGCCUGUCCCCAGCGACAGGAUGCACGUGGGCCGCAGCGAGGUGAUUCUCCCGCUGCUGGAGCGGCUGUUCGACUUCCUGAUGGACCUCGAGGCGCUCGUGGAGCGCUGGGGCGAGAGUCUGGCCUUCGCGACCUGCCUGGGCAGGCCAGGGAAGGCGAGAUUCACCUGCCCUCCAGACUAUGGGCCCGAGGACCUCGUGGAGCUCUUCCUCCUCUUCGCCAGCAUGCCCGCCCGCAUCCACCCCGAGAUCUGCUUCGACAUGCGCUCGUCCCGGCACCACUCGGAGCGCUGUGGGCAGGCGAUCGAGAACAACUGCAGGGCGCAGGCCACGGAUCCCCAGGCGGGAUACGUCGUGGCGCCGCGGAGGCGAGCGUACACCCACGCGUACUCCCAGGGCGACGAGUACGACAGCCUCCUCGCCAUAAAGCUGGACCAGAUCCUGGCCCUCGACGCGGACCGGCUGGGCUUCGACAUGCAGGCCGUCGACGUCGGCGCCGGCGUCGGCACGUACGUCAGCCUGCUGCGGCAGCUCGGCGCCGACAUCUGCGGCCUCGACGGGCGCCGCGAUCUGAGCGACAGCCUCGGCGAGGACGCGAUCAUCCACGACAUCUCCCUUCCACUGCCGCGGGUUCUUGUCUACCGCUUCCACUGGGUGUUCUGCUUCAACAUGCUGGAGCACCUGCCCGCGUCGUGGUCGAUCACGGAGCUGCGGCAGGUGGUCCUGAAUUUGGCAGAUCUGGCCGCCGUGGGAGUCCUGAUAACUGUACCCGAGAACGCGUACGUCGCGGGUCCAAGUGCCGACGCUGAGCCGCUGGAGGUGGAAUACGUUGUGGAUCGUGGGCUUCAAGACGGCCGACUUCUUCCGCGACGCAGCCCUGGAGGCGGAGAUCUUCCGGGAGGCGGGCCUGCUGUGCUGCCGCGGCCGGCUCCGCAGGCUCUUCGCCUUCCGCCGCGCCGAGGUCCCCGCGAGCGCGGCGGCGCACCUGGAGCUGAUGGGGAGCAUGCAGCGGCGAGGCAACGACGGGAUGCGGCGGCGCCGCGGGGAGGACGGCGGCGGGGGGUCCCUCCUGGUCCCCUACGCCGAGCAGGCUCCGCGGCGCGCGGGCCCGAGCGGUGGGCCGAGGGAAAGGGCCCUGCCCGUGGGCAUCGCGGAGGACUGGCUGGACCUGCAGGUGCCGCGGCAGGGCCUCGUCUGGGGCACGGCGGAGCUCGGCGGAGGAGAAGGUACCGCUGCCGCCAUCCUUCCCCGAGCUCGCCUUGCUGGGCCUCCCUGGAGGCUCUCGUCGCCACCGCUGGGCAUCGCUUCGAGGUUCUGGUCAGAGCGCACCCCAGGGGAGGGCCGGGGGGCAGCGGCAUGUGUUUCGCCCCCAGGAUCGCGACACGGGGCCGUUGCGGCUGCUGACCGUCCUGUACCUGAAGCUCUUCCGCCUGCUCAGCGUGAGCGAGGCCCAGCUGCAGGAGGACCUGCAGACGCUCGACCAGUCGGAGGGCGACCUGCUGCGCGAGGUGCUGCGGCAGGCGGCACCGUGUGCCGGCGCGGCAGCGGAGGCCAGUGCUGCGGAGCCGCAGCCCCUCGAAGGUGGCCCGCGGGGCGCCUGCGACGUGCUGCUGGCCGCCGCGGAGCUGCUGGAGGGCGUCGCCGCCCGCCUGGCCUGCUUCGGCCUCGGCUGCCAGGCCGUGCAGGUGGACUGCAGCGGCGGCGACGCGCCGGGCCUGCUCGUGCGGUUCUCGGGCGCAGAGGCCUCCGGGGCGCUGCCGCGCGACUUCCCGGCGGCGCACUCGCUGGCGCAGGCGGUGCGCUGCCUUGUGCCGCCCUCCCCCGGGGGCCUGUGGCCGCCGGUCUCGCUGGAGUUCGCGGAGGGCUUCUCCGGCCUGCGGCGCGUGCGCUUCGCCCCCUCGCUGUGGGGCAAGUACAUGCUCCGGGUCCACGGGCUGGCCGGCGUGCGAUCCUGAGGCGCCCACGACGCUGCGCGGGGCGGGCCGCAGGAUGCCAGGUCGUGGCUGUAGGGGCGCGCGGCGGGAGGGCAGAUGACUGCCAGCGUGGGCCCCGAUCGGCAGGUUCUGGAACCCGCGAUGCGCGGUCGUACGCAUCAUAGGGCACCGGCCAUCAAGCACUGCCCAUAAGACGACAGCGUAAGAGCGAACAACGCACGUCAGUUAGAAGGGUAUCAUUGAGCAACUGUGUUAGAGCACAGCCCAUGCGGCACAAGGGCAGAACGCACAAGGC